UAGCACUUUUUAAUUGUGACAUUCUUGACAUAUCUCCAUUGUAUUAAAUUAAUAAGUGAAAUUUGCAAUAGACAAUUAAUAAUGUCGGGACUUAAUAAACUUUGUAUAGAUGCUCUUGACCUAACCGACCAGCGAGUACUGAUGAGAGUUGACUUUAAUGUUCCGUUAAAAGAUGGUAAAAUCACCAACAACCAGAGAAUAGUGGCUGCACUAGAUACCGUUAAGUACGCCCUGAGUAAAAACGCCAAAAGCGUUGUAUUAAUGUCCCAUUUGGGUCGCCCAGAUGGCAAUCCCAAUCCAAAGUACACUAUGAAACCUGUUGUUGAAGAACUGGAGAAAUUGUUAAAUAAAUCAAUUAUUUUUCUACCCGAUUGUGUAGGCCCAGAGAUAGAAGAAGCUUGUUCGAAUCCUACACCAGGUGAUGUUAUAUUACUGGAAAACCUUCGAUAUCAUGUUGAAGAAGAAGGCAAAGGAGUGGAUGCUAGCGGUAAUAAGAUAAAGGCGACUCCAGAACAAGUUAAAGAGUUCAGACAAAGUCUUCGCAAACUGGGAGAUGUUUACAUCAAUGAUGCUUUUGGCACAGCCCAUAGGCCGCAUUCUUCGAUGAUGGGAGAAGGUUUUGACAAAAGAGCUGCUGGGUUUUUGCUGAAAAAAGAGCUCCAGUACUUCGCUAAAGCUUUAGAUAACCCUCAGCGACCAUUUUUAGCCAUACUAGGUGGAGCAAAAGUAGCAGACAAAAUUCCGCUGAUUGAGAAUUUAUUGGAUAAAGUUAACGAAAUGAUAAUUGGAGGUGGAAUGGCGUACACAUUCCUCAAAGUGACCGAAGGGAUGCAGAUUGGAAGCUCGUUGUAUGACGAGAAAGGGGCAGAAAUAGUAACCAAGCUCUUAGAUAAAGCCAAAAGCAACAACGUUCAAAUUCAUCUACCGGUGGAUUUUAUAAUAGCGGAUAAGUUUGACGAAAAUGCUAAAUCCAGCUGUGCUACCGUCAAACAAGGAAUUCCUGAAGGAUGGAUGGGUUUGGACGUAGGAGCGGAGACUAUAAACAACUUUAGGGAACCUAUUCGACGUGCCAAAGUCAUAGUCUGGAAUGGGCCUGCAGGGGUUUUCGAGUUUGACAAAUUCUCGUUUGGGACCAAAGCUAUAAUGGAUGAAGUUGUAAAAGCUACUGCUGCUGGAACAAUUACUAUAAUAGGUGGAGGUGAUACCGCUACAUGUGCCGCCAAAUGGAAUACUGAAGAAAUGGUGUCGCAUGUAUCUACUGGAGGUGGGGCUAGUCUUGAACUGCUGGAAGGUAAAAUACUUCCCGGUGUUGCUGCAUUGUCAGAUCCUUGAUGUAUUCUCUUUAUAAAAUACAAUGUAUCUAAUAUUUAAAUAAAUAAUUGUCACAGUAUAAA